AUGGACAGCUGGUGCGAAGCAACUCGAGCGCAGCAGCAGCAGCAAGUGGAAGCUUUUGUGCGGAAGGCCUGCAGCAAACUGUGUUCUCACCCGCGCUGCGCGGAGCUGCAGCAGCAGCAGCAGCAGCGCGUCAGCCACCAGCAGCGCCUGCUGCAGCGCCUGCUGCAGAAGCACAAGCAGCAGCAGCAGCAGCGGCAGCUGCAGCACUCCAAACGCGCGCAUGCACUUUCUCUCAACGGCAGGGCCCCCAAGCGCCCAGCCCCGAAGAUGCAGCAGCAGCAGAAGCAGCAGCGCAAGCGCAUUCGAGCUGCGCCCAGACAGCAGCAGCAGCAACAGCAGCAGCAACAGCAGCAAGUGUGCAUGCAUGCGACUCGUGAGGCCCUCAAAAUCUCCAUUGGGCAGUACCUCACAGAAAAAAACGAGGCCGCGCUCAGCAAAAUGGAGGCCCAAGACAAGGCUGCGGGUAGGGACUACGAAGCGCUGCGGGGCGCGCGGCAGCGGCUGCUGGAGUGGCACAUUUCCAACACGGAGUAUUCAACUGGGGCCGACGCAGACGACAUUUGCCUCGCCACCUGGGACCAG